AUCGUGACGAGUGUUUUUAUUUGUUGUUUAAAUAAAAUAAUAAUACACCUAAGCAUAAUGAAAAGAACUCAGCAAUCAUUAUUGCAUUUUUAUAAAAAACCUAAACAGUCCACCGAAUCCGUCGAUGAUACAGUUCCAUCUACAUCGAAUGUUUUACAAGAUGAUGACAUUAUGGCAACACUUGAAACAGAAAAAAACAGCUCCAAGUCCACCAGUUGUUUCUCCGGCUGCAAUUUGGCAUUGUUUAAAUCAUUAUGCUUAUUCAGAUGCAAUAUUUCUUGCAGAACGAUUAUGUGCAGAAUUUGAUUCAGAUGAAAGCAUCUUUUUACUGGCUACCUGUUAUUAUCGAUCGGGUAAACCAUCUCAAGCGUAUACAAUUCUGAGUGGAAAAAAAAUAGUGUCAGAAAAAUGCAAAUUUUUAUUAGCCCGUUGCUGUGUUGAUCUUCACAAGUUGUCUGAAGCGGAAACUGUGUUAACUGGUAAUGUAGGUGAUUUAAUAUCAUCUUCAUCGUGUUCAUCAUUUAUCGAAACCAUAAUUUCUGAUUAUGGCGACAGUUCUCCAUUUGCUUUGCAACUGAUAAGUCACAUUUGGUGGCGUUCUGAGAGAUCACAUUUAGCUGCUGAGGCCUGUCGGAAGGCUCUCUAUUUAAAUCCUUUUUUGUGGCAAUCAUUCCAAGACUUAUGCGACAGAGGUGUUAAACCUGAUCCUGAACCCACUAAAAUAUUUAAGGUGGACAAUUUAGACAACUUUAAUAAAUGUCUAGGUUCAAAUUCUCAUGUCAAUUCAACACCUUUAUCAACAUAUAAUCUUUCAUAUGAAUCAGUAAAUACAUUUAAUAGUAGCACACCAGCUCAAAAAAUGGUCAACAUGUCUGUACCUAGUAGUAAUAGUUCAAUAUCCAGUGGUAUACAGCCAUUUACACCGGAUAUGAAUAAUGCUAAAGCAAUAUUUGUUCGACCAAUAGGGAGAAAAGUAAAAGUGAUUAAUGAAAAUGCUUACAGCCCAUUGACACCAAGUUUUGGAGUAUUCCCUCUAGAAAAUUCAGAUAACUUGUCUGUUUGUUCGUCCCAAUCAAUGGUUUUAGUUCCUUCAGCUACAUUAAAUGAAACUAAUGAUCAGAAAUUCAUAUCAAAAAGAAGUUCUAAACCAGUAUUUAGUCAGUCAGGGAAUACAAGUAAUAUUAACAAUUUGGGAACUCAACAAAUAACUAUGCCUUCAAGUCCAAUGUCACAUGUUGUAAGACGUAGUAGUCGAAUAAUCACCAACAAUUGUUCGGUUAAGGAAAAUACUAAGAGUCCAAAUAAAAAAUUUGCUAGCCCAAAAUCAGCCACACGUAAAAUAAAAAGUGGAUUGAUACCCAAAAAGUCAGUUUUUGCUGAUAUAACUGAAAGACAUCCAAAAGAGCGUGGAGUAGUUGAAGUAGAAACAUUGACACUUGCUCAACAAGCUCUUAAUUUACAAAAAAAAACUACAGAAGGACUUUUGUCAUUACUUAGAGAUAUUGGAAUUGCGUAUUUGCAAUUGUCAAAAUUUAAUUGUAAAAAGGCAAUUCAACUAUUUCAAAGUUUACCGCCACGACAGUAUAAAACUGGUUUUGUAUUGUCAAUGAUUGGCAAAGCAUAUUGUGAACAGUCUGAUUAUUUACAAUCAAUAAAAUAUUUUAGCGAAGUGAAAGAGCAUGAACCAUAUAGGGAUACAUUAAUGGAACUUUAUAGUACAUCUUUAUGGCAUCAACAGAAAGAGGUUGCUUUGUCUGCUCUAGCACAAGACAUGACUGCUUUAGAUAGAAAUUCUUCAUCUACAUGGUGUGUUGUUGGUAAUUGCUUUUCCUUGCAAAAAGAACACCAAACUGCAAUAAAAUAUUUUCAAAGAGCUAUACAAGUGAAUCCAGAUUUUCCAUAUGCAUAUGCACUUUUAGGUAAUGAGUAUUUAGUCACUGAAGAAUUGGAAAAAGCUAUUACUUGUUUCCAGAAAGCUGUCAAAUUAGAUCCAAGACAUUACAAAUCUUGGUAUGGAAUUGGUGCUAUUUAUCAAAAACAGGAACGGUAUGAAUUAGCUGAAAUGCAUUAUAAGCGAGCUCUUAGAAUAAAUCAUAGUAGCGCUUUAAUCAUGUGUCAUAUUGCUGUUGUACAAAAUAGUAUGGACAAACCUGACCAAGCGUUACAUACUUUACAUAUUGCUUUAACAUUAGAACCUAAACAUCCAAUGUGUAAAUAUCAACGAGCACAAAUUUAUUCUAAACUCGGUAAAUUACCAGAAGCACUGUAUGAGUUGGAAGAAUUGAAAGAAAUUGUGCCAAAGGAAUCUCUAGUCUAUUUUUUAACUGGAAAAGUACAUAAAAAACUAGGCAACAUACACUUGGCAUUAAUGAACUUUAAUAGAGCAACUGACUUAGAUCCAAAAGGGGCCAGUAAUCAAAUUAAAGAAGCAAUAGAUCCGACAAAUAACCAAUCCCCAUUGGAUGAUUCAGAUGACCCUUGAUGCAGUAAUUUAAUUGUUCGUUUAUGUAUUUAUUUAUUUUAUAACAUUAUAAUCUAUAUUAUCUUCUUAACUAAUAUUUUUAAAUUGUUUAUUGCCUUGAAAAUUUAUUUUUAGUGGUUAUUUCAAAACAAAAAAAAAUCAUAAUAAUAAAAAAAGACUGUUGAGAUAUGCAUCAUUAAAUGAAAGCUGGUUUUGGUUAAAAACUACAAAUAAAGUAUAUUGUAGAACCAAAUUCAUUUUUAACAAUUCCUAUUUUUAUUUGUUUAUUUUUUUUUAAAAAUUUAUUUUGUAUUCAGUAAAUAAGUUUUGUGGCUUGUAAUAAAGUUCCUGAUUUUUAGAGCUAAUUUGUAUUGUUAAAAAUAUAAUAUUAUUGUGUAUAAUUCUUAUUAAUCUAAAUUUACUUGGUAUAUUUUAUUACCAGUAACUUAUUAUUUUAUACACCAUGAAAUGUAAAUAUACAUUUUGUAAGCAACUUCUUAUAUAAACUAAUUGUUUCGUUCUAUUAUAAUACACAUUCGAAAGUUCUUAUGAAUAUGACAACUAUUAGUUUAAUUCCAAUUGUUACUGUUUUUAUAAAAAAAAAAUUGUAAAUGUUAGUAUAACUAGUUAUAUAAUGUAUAACUAAAUAUUUAUUAAAUUAAUCUAGCUCUAAAAAUCUAAGCCACAAAAUGAAUAUAAAAUUGUAUUUGACUAAUAUCAAUAUAUAGUUUUUAACAAUUUGUAUUAUUGUAGUAAUAUUAUAAUAAUACUAAUUAUUAAAAUAAAUAUUUACAUAAUAUUCAAUUUAUAACAAUUUUACUCUAGAAACUUUUACUCCAAAAAAAAUGUAUAAAACAGUAAUUGUUACAUACUGCAGGGUUUCAAUGCAUUUGAAUGAAAAAUAUCUGCAUUUCCUUUCACCACUAUGCACCAAAUGUAUCAAUGCAGUUAAUAGUUAUAUAUAAUAUGUAUUGUUGUUUUUGUCAAAUAUAAUUUUAUAUUUAAUUUAAUCCAUAAUUUUGUAACAAAAAUCAUUGUAUUCUUCAUCAAUGUUUAUAAUCAUUUAGUUAAAUAUUAUAAACACUAAUUAUAAAAUGUAUAUUUUUUUUCACUUAAAGGAAAAUUCAGAAAAUAUUAAAUAUAAAGUUGAACUAAAUCUACUCUCACAUUUAAAUUAAAUUAAUACUGAAUUUCAACAUGAUAUUACAUAAUGCAUUGGUUAUAUAGAUUCAUUUGGAACUUUUAAUUAAUUAUAAUUAAAUGAAAUUGUGAUUGUGAUUAAAUACUUAAUUUAAGUUAAUUUUAUACCUGUAUUUAAUUAAUAAAUAUUUAUUGUACAGACAUAACUGAUAAUGUUGUUUUACACUUAGACAGUUAGAUAUUUAAUUUAGAAAAUUUGAUGAUGGAAAUAAUAAGCUUGUAACAGUGAUUUAUUUUAUGGAAAAAAAAUGUUCUGUAUUGAUAAAAAAUGAAUUAUUACUUUACUCAUUGAUUUGAAUACAUCUAUUCUAAGUAAAUAAAAUGUGAUAGCAUUUAUAAUCAAUUAAUAUAAACUCUGAAAAUCA